AGCGGCAGUCAUGGAGGACGAACGUGCGAGCGGGGCGGAUUUUAGAGUAAAUGUCAAGUCGAAAAAAAUUGUUCGUGAUCAGCUUGAAAAGUAUAAAGACUUAUUUAAAAAGUUGCUCGAUGGCCAGUGCCAUAUUUCUCAGGAAGAUAAAGACAAACUGUUGCAAGAAAUGGUUGUGAAUUUUGAGUUCACAGUACAAGAGAAUAUAGUUAUUGGUGGCUUGUCAUGGGACGAGGCGUCAGAGGAAUAUUGUGAAGAUUAUGAGAGCACAGUAAAUGACAUUCUGGAUGAGAAGAUUGUAGAGACCGCCUGCAAACGCAGUUCUUACCCAAAACAAAUACGCAACCAGGUUGUGCGAUCGUUAAGAGCAGAGAGGAAACUUCUGGGUUUGUAUGAACAGGCAGUGAAGCCACAAGACAUAAAGCCGGACCCAGCUCAUGACACCAUCAUCAGAAAUGUAUCAGCUGCUGCACCAACAAUGUUCAAACAAGCCAGUACGGUUAUGAAGUCUCUGAAAAGUCUAAAGCAGGCAGCUGAGGGCUUGCGUCAGGUUCUUGACAUGCAGCCUUCAGCGGAGACGGUGGAAGUCUACAGAGAAGUGCUCGGCAGCUCAGUUAGAGAUGUCUGUCUAGACCUUCACCACCGACUUCCUUCUAGCAUCAAAAGAGCUGCUUCUGAUUCAGAAUACAGUGCAGACUAUGUUCCUGCUCCAAAAAUCAUCCAAAAGACUGAUGCAAAUGUAAUUUAAUGUGUAUGUGUUUGUACAUUUUUGUGGAAAUGGAGAAAGGCAGUAUGGGAGUGUAUUGAUACCUGCUACUAUAUAAGUGUUUUGUAUGCCACUUCUUACCCAUUUCAUGUAAAUAAAUAUUCUGGUCAAAAAUG